UCACUUGUAAGCUUGCCAACCUACCCACACUCCUUUAGUUCUACAGUAAACGGCCGCCUAUACAGAUUUUCUCAGGCUUCAUCGCCCUAGUUUAAACGCUCUUACCAUUCGGCUCCUGUCGCCAACCGCAGCGCAAACAUCGAAGAACGAAAGGGGGCACCAUGGCUAUUGACGCGAAUCGCAGAGGCGGUUCAUGGGGAGGUCUUCCUAUGAAGACUAUCUCUCUGGUCGCUCUCACUUUCCAAAACUCCGCCCUCAUUCUGAUUAUGCACUAUUCGCGGAUAAUGCCACAGAAUGGCACCCAUCGAUACUUUGCCUCCACCGCCGUCCUCCUAAACGAAGUCAUCAAACUAGGAAUCUCCCUCACAAUGGCUCUAUACGACAUGUCUAGCAAGCUGCCUUCGAACACAUCUGCGUCAGACCUAUUUGGCAACCUCUUCGCGGCGGUCUUUACGGGCGACAGCUGGAAGCUGGCAAUUCCCGCAGUCCUCUACACUGCGCAAAACACACUACAAUACGCGGCUGUGAGCAAUCUAGACGCGGCCACGUUCCAGGUCACAUAUCAACUUAAGAUCCUCACGACGGCGAUAUUCAGUGUUGCGUUGCUAGGGAGGUCGCUGUCCACGCGGAAAUGGGGAUCAUUGGUCCUCCUUACAAUUGGAGUCAUCAUCGUACAGUGGCCUCACGGAGGCGAUUCGUCCAGCUUCAAAUCUCUACAAGAGGCGCAAUCACAAAUUUUCUGGCCACGUUCCAUCGAGGAGCUUCGCGACUUGGGUAGCACAGCGGCACGGCAACUGUCCAAGCGCUCUGCCACAUACGAAGGCAUUGAGGAGGAUGUGGCUAUGCAGAAUCCAGUAUUGAACGGCACGAUCGGCUUGGCUUCUGUCAUUGCGGCGUGCGUUCUCUCUGGGCUUGCUGGAGUCUCCUUCGAGAAAAUCCUGAAGGACUCGAACGCAGCGUCCUCUCUGUGGGUGGCGAAUGUACAGCUCUCAUUCUGGUCGAUAUUCGCGGCUGGGUUUAUUGGCGUAAUCUUCAUCGACGGCGAAAAGAUUGCGAAGACAGGAUUCUUCGUGGGCUAUACCUGGAUCGUUUGGACUACAAUUGCAUUUCAAGCGUUCGGUGGUGUUUUGGUGUCCAUGGUUAUUAACUAUGCAGACAAUAUCGCAAAGAACUUUUCAACGAGCAUUAGCAUUAUCAUCAGCUUCCUAGCGAGCGUCUGGUUCUUCGACGUUUCGAUCACCGCGCACUAUCUGCUCGGUACCUCUGUUGUUUUGUUUGCUACAUGGCUAUAUAGCAGCAACGACCGCAUGCGACCGCCACCAAUCCGGAUCGCAGACUACGAGAAAACGACCAUUGAUGGCAACCCAUCUUACUUUGAUCUUGAACGCACCCCAGCGUCGUCGAUUGCAAAGUCUCCUUUGAGAUCUGAGGGCCUGUCGACCUCACGGCCCGGAACACCGACCGUAGAACGGCACCAUUUCCGGAAGGGCUCGGAGCGUUCACUGAAAGAUUUUGGCCUUCGCCGAUACGUCAUACGAAGGAUGCAUUUGUUUAGGGUUCGCCAUCUAGGCCCCCGUGUCCUUUCCGGCCAUCAAGGGCCUCCAUCCGCCCAGGCGUUGUCCGCGGUAGGAUACGAGCAACUCCAACCAGGCCCUCGCCGCGAGCUUGAGUAUCGAUACGAACAGCCUCGACAGUUCAGCGUGGGAGAAAUUGAAACUCUUUUCGACGCAUUUGACAAAGAGCUUAUGCGAAGGCCUCUCGAGGACAGACAGGCACAAGCGGAACAAGGUCGAGCCCGACUCUCUUUAGCACUGAAGUCCUCUCGAUACUUCGACGACAGAGCUCUAGCAAGUCAGCCAAUGCAAACGCCACCAGAAAUGAGCAUGAGUCUGCGAGAGGGUCCACUCAAUGCAUCUCAACCUCCAGACGUUCGAGAGCUAGGUGCGUACAGCUACGAUCUUGACAGGAAGCGGGCUGACACCUCUCAAGCAGAAAAAUUUACCUACAGACGUCCACCAGCCCCCGAGUCUAGCUCAGACCCUCACGCAUUGCUGUCUAGUCCGGCCAUGAGAGCGAGCCAACGCGGAAAUGACGUUGGAUCACAGAUACCACGACCUCCCAAGAGGCGGUUGGAAGAGGAGCGAACAAGACAAGAACCGUCACAGAGCCAAGGCUCUGCUUUCGAGCCAUCGUAUCACAAGGCCAGGGCUGCCCCGAAACGGAUCGAUCUGCCACAUGCUCCACCAAUGGCUCAGGGCAUCGCAUUAGUCCCAGUCACUGAACUACCCGAUCGCCUUCGAACCAUAUUUCCAUUCCCCUUGUUCAACGCAAUUCAGUCAAAAUGUUUCCAGCAAGUGUACAAGUUCAGCGACAACUUUGUCCUAGCGUCGCCGACAGGUAGUGGUAAAACAGCAGUACUGGAACUCGCUAUCUGCCGCGCCAUCAAUCAAUACCCCAGCGGGCAGUACAAAAUCGUAUAUCAGGCUCCCAUCAAGUCGCUGUGUUCUGAGCGCCAACGUGACUGGCAGAAGAAGUUCGGUCCACUGGGACUGCGUUGUGAAGAACUGACAGGUGAUAGUGCAAUCUCACAAAUUCGAAAUGUUCAAAGUGCUAGUAUCAUCAUCACCACUCCAGAAAAAUGGGACAGUAUGACCCGGAAGUGGAAAGAUCACGAGAAAUUAAUGCAACUAAUCAAGCUCUUUCUCAUUGAUGAGGUUCACAUUCUCAAGGAUGAGCGCGGCGCAACCCUCGAAGCGGUCGUCUCGCGCAUGAAAUCUGCGAGCUCCGAUGUGCGGUUCGUAGCUUUGUCUGCGACAGUACCAAACUUCGACGAUGUCGCGUCCUGGCUAGGCAAGGACACGAACCAUCCAGGUCAACCCGCUGCAAGUGAGCAGUUCGGUGAAGAGUUCAGGCCUGUGAAACUUCAGAAAUACGUAUGUGGAUACCAAUCGAACAACAGCAAUGAAUUCGCAUUCGAGAAGUAUUUGGAUAACAAGCUUCCCGAGGUCAUUGCCAAAUACUCACAACGAAAGCCAAUCAUGGUGUUCUGUCCUACUAGGAACUCAACGGUAGCCACCGCAAAACUCCUUGCGAAUUGGUGGGCAAGGAAAGGGCCUAGAGAUCGGUAUUGGGAGGCGCCAACGAGAAAGAUAUCGUUUGCAGAUAACGAUCUUCAAAGCAAGUUGCCCGUUUCUGGCCACACUUGUGCAUCAUCGGCGGUCGCAUUUCACCACGCGGGCCUGAACCCAAGUGAUCGACUGAGUGUCGAAAACGGCUUCUUGAAGGGAGACCUGAAUGUCAUAUGCUGCACGUCUACCUUAGCCGUGGGCGUCAACUUACCCUGCCACUUUGCCAUUAUCAAGAACACCGUCUACUGGGCUGGCGCUCUCAUGAGCGAAUAUGCAGACUUGGAGGUCAUGCAGAUGCUCGGUCGAGCUGGACGGCCCCAAUUCGACGAUAGCGCCAUUGCAGUCAUUAUGACGAGGCAGUACAAAGUUCGGCGAUACGAGCUGAUGGUAUCUGGCCAAGAUCUGCUCGAGAGCUGUCUACAUCGCAAUCUCAUUGAUCACCUGAAUGCCGAAAUUGGCCUCGGAACAAUCACAAACCUUCCAACGGCGAAGAAAUGGCUAGCUGGGACUUUCUUGUUCGUCCGCUUGAAGCAGAAUCCAGAACACUACAAACUUGAAGGCGCAAGAAGCGGACAAGACAUCGAUGAGCAACUGGACAGCAUCUGCUCGAGGGACAUUAACUUGCUUCAAGAUACCAAUCUUGUGACGGCAGGUGAGACAUUGAAAUGUACUGAAUUUGGUCAUGCUAUGGCACGCUACUAUGUGCAAUUUGAGACCAUGCGACAUUUUCUGGCUUUGCCUCCGAAGGCAAAAAUAUCUGAUAUCCUUUCUGCACUUGCCCAGGCUUUCGAGUUCAAAGAGCUACGUUUUCGAGGAGGAGAGAAGCCGCUCUACAAAGAACUCAACAGAUCUCCGUCAAUCAGAUUUCAAAUACCUGUAGACUUGGCUCUACCAAUGCACAAGGCGUCACUGAUCAUACAAGCUCACCUCGGCGGAGCUGAGCUUUCCUUUAACGAGAAAGCCGGGAAGCACAGACAGCAAUACCUCACCGAGACUUCCAUCAUCUUCAAGCACAUCAAUCGCCUCGUCCGUUGUAUCAUCGACUGUGAACUGAACCUGGAGGAUUCGGUAGCCAUUCGUAACGCCUUGAUGUUGGAACGCAGCCUUGGUGCCCGGGCUUGGGAUGACAGCCCAAUGCAGAUCAAGCAGAUUGAUCAGCUUGGAAUAGUUGCGGUCAGAAAGCUUGUCAACGGAGGCAUCAAUUCCAUUGAAGCCCUUGAGAAUACCGAAGCUCAUCGGAUAGAGAUGGUACUCGGCAAGAAUCCUCCGUUUGGCUUGAAACUUCUUGCUGGGUUGAAGAACUUCCCGAAGCUGCAUGUGUCCGUGCAUUUGAUUCCCAACUCAGUUGCGAAAUGUGGCGAGGGCGUCAAAGUUCAAGUUAGGGCUGAAAUUGGGUUCAUGAACGAGAAGCCAGCGACUCAAUACCGGAAUAAACCUAUAUACGUGUGUUUCCUAGCGGAGACAUCUGAUGGCCACAAAGUGCACUUCGCUCGCACAAGUGGGCAGAAACUCGGGAAGGGCCAGGACCUACAAUUUUCAGCUCUCUUGACUAGUUCGGACCAGUCAAUCACGUGCUAUGUGAUGUGCGAUGAGAUAGCUGGGACAAUGCGGCAUGCGACACUCAAACCGGACAUACGCCCUGCCAUGUUUCCUCCUCCGAAGCCACAGCCCCAGAAGGAGCCAGAGAAACCGACCUCGAAUACGUCUCGGAGACGCGCCGAGGAGCGCGGCCUGACCAGGAAAGCAUCUGAAGCAAGCGACGAGUUCGGAGACGACGGACUGGAUGACGCUGAACUGUUAGCUGUUGCCGGUGUUGGAGAUCUCGACUUCGCCCACAUCGAUGACUUUGGCAGCACUACUUCAGCUGUAACUCGGAACAACACUGCCAAAAAUGCGGCAUUGAAGAAAGGGAAGGGAAAGGCGGACGACUCGGAGGAAGAAGUGGAGGACGAACCUCGCAGGCUUGAGAACGGGAAAUGGGCGUGCAAUCAUAGGUGCGGUGACAAGACCAAGUGUAAACACUUGUGCUGCCGCGAUGGGCUCGACAAACUACCUAAGAGGGCUAAGAAGAAGGCUGCAGCAUCACAAAUUACCAGUACUCAAAAGGAUUCCCACCAGGCACAGCAAUCGAAAGGCUCUAGGGACAAGACUCAAUCCAAACUACAGCUCAACGUAUCGAAGCGAAAGAGCUCAGCCGCUGUUGAGCAGGUGGACCUCACAGAGGACGAUAAGAGAAAGAACUACGCAACUCACGGACCUCGAGACUUCGUCCACUUGAAUCAGCUUCAUUCGAGUAUUCAAAAGAAGGACCCGCCAGCUUCGGUGUCGGCGGUCAUGCACAAGAAGCCAGCGUAUUCCUAUUCGAAUGGAGACACACCGACCUUGUCUUUCAUGACCAACGGUGCCGCCACAGAGCCGUCUACGGAAACUAGUUAUGGAGAUGGGUGGAUGGACGACCUGACCUCACCAACGGAUGUUCCAAAAGUAGCCGAGGCUCUUUCAAGACCUAAGUUUGUUGUUGAGAAGCAAAAUAUUCCAGGGGAAAUCAGGCAUCCAAUUGAGGAUGAUGUGGAACAACUUCCGGAUAUUGCCGCGGGCGAGGAGCAAUCUAUGUUCAAUGGUGAUGACUCAGAACUUGACGCUGUAAUGGUGGGCCUGGCGGACUCUCAGGAUCUUCAAGACACGCAGUGGGACAAUGACAACGAAGAUUACGGCGACAGCUACUUCAAUGAUGACUUUGAUGCACUAAUGGAUGACGAAGCUGUUAUGGAAAAUUCGAACGAAGACACUUUCAUGCGGGAGGUUCCAACUCAAGCUCAUUCUUCGUCUUCAACAAUGGGUACUCGUGGUCUGCCUGUAGAACAGGAUCAAACACCAUCUUCAGUAAUUGGUAUUCCGCACUUACCUCCUGAGAAAGGUCCAUCUCUGUUUUUCAACGAUACUAGCAGUUCACAACCUCCGAUUGAAAGAAACACGCCUAUGACCUCGUACCUGGGGAAUGAAGGCCCUGCGAAGAAAGUAUCGCGGUAUUCCAAAUUCACGAAUAUCCGUUCUAGUACAGACGCGAUGUUCUCGGAUAAGGAGAAUGUUCCCCCGGGGAACCAGGCAUUUGAUCACCCACCUCAUCAUCUCGGAGAUGACGACGAAAUGGCUUCUAGCUGGGAGAAUGCUGUCGGAGAAAAAGAGACCGCCGCUUCCCAGAAUCAUGACGACGACAAACUCAGCAAUAUCGUCGUGCCACCAGGCUAUGAAGAGAUUGAGCCGUGGCUCAUUGCUGAAUUCGGUGAUAUUGUGGAGUUCAUCUGAGAGAAUAUGAAGGAUGAAUUGUAGGGUGAACUGUACGGGUCCAGAUGUCUGCAUGGUGUCUCGCCUCUUUUCAAAAAAAAUUCAAGGAGCAACAUGUACUUGAUGACUUUACGACUAUAUGUUUGUUUUUCUUAUUUCACACAUCUUUAGGACAUCAUACGUGGUUUGUUUCUUCCGGGCGUGGGAAUGGUGGUAGGGCGCUUCUCUGCUGAUGAGGCCCUGUGGUACGGACUCGAAGUACGAUGAACCGUGGAACUGUGGAAUACAAAAAGAUAUGUCAUAAUGACUCUAUGUAUACGUAUAUAUAUGAUUCACAAUGUAUUGAUGGUU